AUCAGUGGUUUCGUUUCAGGCGAAUAAGUGCAGUGCGUUUCAGCGACAGAUACCUCCGCAGCUCUACAGCUCCAGCGAGUUUUUUUUUGUGUGUGUGUCGGGCACAUCAGAAUAAAUGCGAAAAUGAAAUACGGAUUAUUAUCGAUCGCGUUCGUCAUUGCUGCAACAGCUCUCACCUCAGGUGAUUGUAGUUCAGUUUAUGCGUCCGCCAGUGCAACCCCAACAUCUGCUCCCAGUAUAAACACAACUACUCCCAGUCUGAACACAACUACUCCCAGUCUGAACACAACUACUCCCAGUCUGAACACGACGACUCACAACCCGAACACGACGACCCACAACCCGAACACGACGACCCACAACCCGAACACGACGACCCACAACCCGAACACGACGACCUCUGCACCUACUACUACACCGGUACCUUCGCCAACAUCAGCCACCAACCUGACAAUGGGGAAAUACAAUGUUAGCGAUGAUAAAGGCAUAUGCAUUAUGCUUGACACGGCAAUCGCGAUCCGUGUAAGCAACAGCCAGGUUAAUGGCACGUACAUUGUUCAGCCGAGCAAAACUCAUGCCACCGGAGAAUGUUUACCGGAUGUGUCCAUCUUUCUCCAUUUUGACGAAGGUGAUAUUACCUUCAGAUUUAAGAAAAAUGAGUCAACGAAAAAGGUCUAUGUCGAUUAUGUUCAAUACGAUUUAACUUACGCUUUCACGCCAAACGUGUUAAGCAAUUUCACAGGGCUGAACAGGUCUCUUCAGUUGUUUUCUGUGGAUGUGGGUCACUCUUACUCCUGUAAGGAUGAGACAGUGGACAUGGGGAACGGUGUGAGUCUGGAUCUGACCCAGUUCAGAAUUCAGGCCUUAGAAAUUAAAAACAACGUAUUCGGACCGCCUGAUCUAUGCAAGGCGGAUCAACCUGACUACCGCGUUCCCAUCGCCGUGGGCAUAAUCCUCAUCAUCCUCAUCAUCAUUGUAGUCGUCGCUUACCUCAUCAGCAGAAAACGGAGGACCGAUGGGUACCAGACACUAUAGAGGCAUAUAAGUGGGGAUCUACGAGAACACCAGCAAUUCCAGUUUACAGGAAUCUUAAUGCUGUUAUGCAUGUUUUAAGUGAAUGUUACUUAUGUAUGAUAAACAUGGAUGGCCUAGGAUCUGUCCUAACAUUGUUACUAUGCAGGGACAAUAUGCCACAUCCUAACGCAAAGUUGCCAUCACAAUUUCUAGAUCACUAUAAGAUCAUAAUAGAAUCAGACAAACAACUGGAUUAUUACAUGCCUUAUUUGGCUUGCAUUCGUAUACUAAUGACCAAAGAACCUAACCUAAUACUGACAUUACAGAAAGAUACUGUUGAUCCGUCUUAAUUGUAAGUGCGCUUUUCUAAGUGCCCUUCACGUCUAAUGCAUUUUCUGUGAUAUAGGCUGAUAAGCCGUUGUUAAUCUGAAAUGUACAGUGCUUCAUUCUUUCCUAAGGGGCCUUAAAACCUAUAAAAGGGUAUUCAGUUGCUUACAUUGUGUAAUUAAUAAUAGAAAGGAUUUUAAAUGCAGUUGCAUCCUAGUAUUCGUUCUGUUGUGCAUUUUUUUCUUUUUUUUUUACAUGAAGUUUACCUGAGUUUUAAUGUACCUUAUUGUGAUCUGAAGCUGCAUUUAUGCACUGAAUAUUAGGAGCAAUGUGUAAUUUUGGUUACAAAUAAAAAAAAAAAAAAAAAUGUUCAAAAGUCAGCGAUUGUUUUACAUUUAAUAUGCAGCAUUAAAGAGAACACAUAGUAAACACGGCAUUAUCAUGGGGACAUGUUUAAAUUAGGUUCUGCUUAGUUUCACCUUGCACAGUGCUGUUGUGUUACUUGGAAAGCAGUUCACCUGCAUUAAAUAAAUUACCUUUUUGUUUUGCAUGACUCCUGAUAAGAGAAGCACUAUUUUAUGUCGGUGUUACAAACGAUGCAAAAGCACAAUAGCAAAGGAUUUUAGAAGUCACUUUUUAAUUGAUUUCACCUAUCAAUAAAUAAAUGUGAAAUGUAUCAGUAAACACAUUUUUAAGCCA